AUGGAGCGGCGAAACAAUACUUCCACCGCUACUGUUGAUGCUACUGAGGAUCACUCCUCGAUGGGGUGGCAAGCCGCCUAUCCUUCACACUCGGAUGGGGGAGCCUUUCAGCCAGCGAGCCUCCAGAAUUAUGGCAUUUGCGGUGCGACGACACUACUGUCUGCGAUAGACAAGAGGAAAGCAUCCAACGCGUCAUUCUCUCUCUUCGAUCUUGGCGAGAAUGGUGCUGAUGAGGUGCAUCUCAAUAGCUGCUCCCCACUUGCUGCUCUAACCUCAGCAUUGGAGAACGUUGAACAUGCUUCGGAACAGAUGUUGGAUUUACUGAACUGUUCGUCUUCGUGGGGCCCAUCUGUAUGCUGCAGGGUGACAGUCCCAUCGUGGGACACUCCCGGGGCGGCGGAAUGCAUACAACGCGAACUUCGUCUCGCAACAUUCCUGUGCCUCCGUGCGGUGGUAGUGCCUCUUCCGGAAUGCGGUGACGACGGCAAGGACGAGACAGCCGCGUUUGCAGCGUCUGUUGCUGUUCUCGGGGCGCACCUGCGUCAGACCCAAAUAACACAUAUCUGGGUGGACUGUGACGCGACGUGUCAGUCGCACCGAGUCGCCUACUCCCGUCUCCGCACGGUUCUUCUUUGGGGUGGUGCUCCGCCCGCCGCAGUGGGCGCGCCGAGUUCUGUGUCCCGCGAAGUUGUCCACAGGGUUGCACCAUACUUGCACUUCUCCCAAACUUUUGGCGCUCUCCCGUCGGAGUGGCUCGGAGAGCCGAUUAUUGCCUUUGAGGUUCCCAGUGUGGACAAGCUGUUGCGCGCGCUGCGGCCCGGCGCGAAAGGGUUUCAGAGCGUGCAGCUGCCGAGCGACGUGAUGCCCUUUGUUGCUUCUUAUUGGGCAGCCGCGCAGCCCCCUUUUUUGUCUUUGGGGGCGUUCGUGGUGGAGUUGCUGCGGCGACGCGCAGCACCCGUUUUUCCUGCUAACUACUUUUUGGAAUCCUACGCACUGGUAAACCAACUCUGCGAGAGGUGCGUGGUGGACAAUGGGAAGGACUUCUUUGCAGCUUUUGAGGACGUCCUAGAGUUGCCAUUACAACCUCUGGGCCACAUGCUGCCUAGCGGUGCCUACGAGGUGUUUGAACAGGAUCGCAAAAAGUACCAGCAGUACUAUGUGGCGAUGCGCAGCUACUUUCGCGAGUGGCUGACGCACCGCGAGGAAUGGAGUCAUUGGCGAAUGUGGUGUCGAUGCCACGAUGGUGCGGAAUCCGGUGCAACGGAGGAUGCGGUUUACGUUGUUCUUCUUGGGGCAGGUCGUGGCCCUCUUAUUGGAGAGUGUCUUGCUGCUGCAACGGAUGUUGGUGUGCGUGUUCACCUUUUCGCAGUAGAAAAAAACCCGGAGGCGGUAGAAUUCGUUCGACUGCGGCUCCGCGCCGACCAACAGUGGCGUCAGUGGAUGCAUUGCUGUGGGCACGUUGUGGAGACAAUCCACGCGGACGGUCGCAGUGUGACUAUGUCCAAUGGNCCGCUGCCACCACGGUGGGGCUUGUGCGAUCUUGUUGUGUCAGAGCUGCUGGGGAGCUUUGGUGACAACGAGCUGAGCCCGGAGUGCAUUGAUGGCUUCUAUGCAGACCUGCAGUGCCACCAGACGUCGGCGGGGCUGCCGUCAAACCCACACGUGGUAUCCAUUCCUAUGCACUACACUGCGUGGAUCGCACCGCUGCACUCGGGGUGGAUGGAGGAAGCCGUUGCCGAUGCCGCUGUGUCAGGCCUCUCAGUGCUGCCGCCGUGGUGUCGCGACGGACGUGCGUCGUUGUUUCAUUCUAUGUUUGUUAGCAACCUUUGCCGUGCCGUUGCGCUGUCACCACCGCAAGCCUGUUGGACGUUUCAUCACUUCUCAGAAGGGGAGCAGCGAAAGGAACGAGACGUCACACUCAAUUUUAGCGUUGACAGCAGCGGACGCUGCUGCGGAUUUGUUGGAUAUUUCAGCGCCCUGUUGUACGAACUCAACGACGCCACAAGGGGCGGGGACAAUGCAGGGGUUGGCAAAGCCCCUAUCGCUCUCUCGACUCUCCCGGAUGGACGAACAGAGGGAAUGUUCAGCUGGUUUCCAUGUGUGUUUGCCGUGGAGCCACGCGAUGUGAUGGAGGUGCGGGCGGGUUCAACAUUACAGCUCCGCCUGCGGCGCUGUGUCAAUAAGGGGGAUCUGCGUGUGUGGUACAGCUACGAUGCCGCAGUGCUACAGGGCGCCGAAGAGGGGGUGAAGACUGAAACAGCAGCGAUUAAUGAAGGUGGAUGGGCGGCCUCUGUUCUUUUGUCGUCGUAA